GAUUUUCACACCGAUCGGUUCGAGGAAUGUAAGCUGCGUACAAAAAAAAGUGUAGUGGUUACAGGAAUCUAGAUCACCUGCUGAUUAAGAAAAAAUUGAGCAGUUCAGUGAAUAACCCGUCAAAAUAUUCUCCUUGAACGUGAACUUGAUCAGGAGCAUACAACUUGGAAGUAGGGGUAAUUGAGCAUAGCCUAACUAUGGCCGACCCCGAGGAAGAUUACGUUUUGGAGACAAUCCUACGUCACCAGCUCCGCCAGCCCACGAUGCCGUUUAACGUGAACGCCGAAACAGGCGAUGAGGACACCAUCCCAUUCACAACCGACCGAGCCAUCCUGUCGAAUUAUCUGCUCCAGUACAAGCUAGCAUCGUUGAGACAAAGUGGACUCAUCGGUGCAAGUACCAGCAGUAGCACCAGCAGCAGCGGCACCGGUAGUUUCGGAACAAGCGUACUGACAAACGUUGUUUGCGCUCCCAAUACUAGCGGUGGUAGCUUCGUGGAAACGAACGUCGCCGAAAUGCUGACCAUGGAGUCCGACAUGAAGGGGGGCGGCAUCCUGCAUGCCACGAUGCCCCCGCACCAUCCGUCCUCACUGCACGGUCACAGCACAUCCCCUUACGGGGCGCUCGGGUCGCUGAGCAUGAUGAACCUCGGUCAGUCGCAGCUGACGUCGCACCAGAACUCGGUUGCCGCGGUCCAGCAACAUCAUCUGCUCGGCCACCAGCAACAGCAGCAACAACAGCAACAGCAACAGCAACAGCAACAACAGCAACAUCACAUGAGCCACGGCUUGAGCAGCAAUAAUAGCAGCAGCAGCAGUAACAACAAUAACAGCAGCGGAUAUGGAAGUCCCCUGCAGCAGCCCGUCUCGGGCCUAUCUCCCACCGGGCUCGUGGGUGGCCACUCGCAGCACAGCUCGCCGACGGGCCAGGGUACCGGCCAGCAGCAUCACAUCACCGCCAGCCACCAUCAUCACCAUCAUGCCGGUGGUGGUGGUUUGCUCGGAGUGAACCACAACAACAACAACACGAGCAAGGCGGCCCAGCAGAACGCCGAUCGCGUCAAGCGGCCGAUGAACGCGUUCAUGGUGUGGUCCCGCGGCCAGCGGCGAAAGAUGGCGUCGGACAACCCGAAGAUGCACAACUCGGAGAUCUCCAAGCGGCUCGGGGCGCAGUGGAAGGACCUGUCCGAGCAGGAGAAGCGCCCGUUCAUCGACGAGGCGAAGCGGUUGCGGGCGGUGCACAUGAAGGAGCACCCGGACUACAAGUACCGGCCGCGCCGGAAGACGAAGACGCUGACGAAGGCGAAGGAAAAGUAUCCGCUCGGUGUCGGCUCGCUGCUGAGCGGUGGCGCACCGAACGAGGGUAGCGGUAUGCGCGGGGGCGGUGGGGUGGCGUCGGGGACGGGUCUAUCGGCUCAGCAGGCGGCGGCGGCAGCGGCAGCGGCGGCGGCCGCGGCAAACCGUGAUAUGUACCACCAGAUGCCUCCGAAUGGCUACAUGCCGAACGGGUACACGAUGAUGCACGAUCCGUCCUCGGCGGCGGCCUACCAGUCGCAGCACUACAUGAGCAAUUACCACCACCAUCACCGGUACGACAUGGGCCAGAUGGCGGCGGCGGCGGCCGCAUCCGGAGCCGGCGCUGGUUCGCUGAACAGCUACAUGAACGCCACCGGUUACGGCGGUAUGUAUGGUGGGGGCGGCGGUGGAGGAACGGUAUCCGGUGGCCAGACGUCGCCGUACGGUGGAAGCGGCGGUGGUGGUGGCCUACAGCAACCCGGAUCACCGUACAGCACGACAAUCCAGCAGCAACCCGGCUCGCCGUACGGUCUCAACCAUCAGCCCGGAAGCGCCCUGUCCUGCCAAAGCCACAGCCCGAGCGAUUCGAGCGUCAAAUCGGAGCCGGUCUCACCGAGCCCGAUCGCAACCGCCACCAACAACAACCUGACGAUGAAGCGCGAGUACGGCGUGGGCCAGCACCAGCAGCAACAGGCGUCGUCGGUGGCCACCGAUCUGAGCCAUCUCAUCAACAUGUACCACGUGCCCGAGAUGCAGCAGACGGCCGGCGAUCUUCAGCAGCACCAUCGGAACCAUCUCAUGCAGCACUACCACCAACAGCAGCAGCACCAGCACAACGCUAGCGUCUCGCCGGACCUACAAGCCCAACAUCAGCAUCUCCAGCAGCAGGUUCAACAGCAGCAACAGCAACAGCAGCAGGUCCUGCGAUCAAUGGCCCCGAUCUCACACAUGUGAGACUUGGCAUCAACGACCGCCACGGAUCUC